UUGUUCGAUGGAUUCGGUGUCCUGGUGGGGACACGGAUAGUAUGAUCAAUUCUUCGGAUUGGUAACCCAGGGAUAUAGAUCAUGGAGGUACAACAUUUUAUCGCAGUUCUAUUUGUCUUAUUUACUGAUUUACAUGUCAACGAAGGCAAGAAGAUUGUAAUGUUACCAUUGAUGAUUCGAAGCCGGUUCCUGCAGAUGAUGGGCAUCGCAGAGCCCCUGAUGGACAAGGGGCACCAGGUCUACAUGACCGUGGACAGGACGUACGAACUUCCUUCAGAGGUUAGGCGAUCCCGUAUGAAAAUCAUGUAUUACGACACAGGGCGGCCUUUACAGGCUAAUCUCAUGUCGAAUGUUGAUGCUCUAAUAGAGACCUUUCGUGAAACAAACUUUGUCAAGAAGGGUAUAAAAGCUGGAGUUUAUUUCAAAGCGCUUGCCGAUGACUGUCACAAUUUUCUUCAAACAGAAGACAUCAUGUCAAGGUUAAAAUCAGAGAGAUUUGAUUUUGCUAUUGUUGAAGGUUCCUCCGUAUCUCGUUGUUACUACAUCGUCGCGCACAUCCUUGGUAUUCCUUAUGCAAGCCUUGGAACAUUCCAUUCAUUGGAUAUAGCAUCUGCAGCAAGCCAGGCCCACUAUCUCGUCCCUUCCCUUGCAAACCCAGACAGUCUUUUGACGGGUCAAACUUUGGUAAUGAGACUCGCUGGAGUGUUCCACACCAUCCUUCUUUCAAGAAAGGUGGAAGCAGAUUUUCGUAAAUAUGCAGCGGAUAAACCUUACAGUUCUCUUUACGAUCUUGCAUGCAAUUCAGAGCUGUGGUUACUUGAUGCAGCUCCUCAGCUUAGUGUCCCAAUGCCGGAGCCGCCCAAUGUCAUACACGUUGGUGGACUGAGCUCAAGGGAAGCUCGACCAAUAUCAGAUCCACGUCUAAAGCAGUUUGUGGACAAAGCUGAAGCCGGGUUUAUCUUCAUCUCUUUCGGGAGCAUGCUGGAGAACUACCCAUCGUUCUUGCAAACAAUACUGCUGGACGUUAUGCAGAAACUCCCGCUGAAAGUUGUAUGGAAAAAUGCCAAUAUUUCGAAUAUUCAGAAUAAAAUCCCUGCGAAUGUGUUUGUGUCUGAUUGGCUGCCCCAAAAUGACGUACUUGGACAUCCAAACGUCAAACUAUUCAUCACUCAUUGCGGGAGCGGCGGCCAGCAUGAAGCACUCUUCCAUGCCGUUCCCAUGGUCGGCGUACCUCUCUGGGUUGAUCAACAAUUCAACGCUCGAAAACUGGUAAAAUUUGGUUUCGGACGUUUUGUGGACUCACAGCACCUUACCACAGACAGAUUAUUGGCAGAAAUCGAUCUUGUUCUGUCCAAUCAGAGUUAUAAAGACAACAUUGUAUCGGCGUCCAAAAUGUUUCGUGAUCAACCAAUGAAGCCUCGCGAGACUGCGGCCUAUUGGAUAGAACACGUGAUGAAAUAUGGCGGUUCCCAUUUGAGAAGUUCGACACUUGAUAUGCCUUGGUAUCAACUCAUAAUGGUCGAUGUUUUAUGUGUUUUAAUUCUUGUGUUGAUAUUUUCCAUGUUUGUCACUUGGAUGAUAAUUCGAUGUGUUUGCCGAUCUUGUUGUAAAAGGACAACUAAGAUUAAAAGGGCAUGAAUGAUCAUAAAUGUUAUCAGGUUACAAGCAACAUGAUAAAACAACCUCUUUUAGAAACUUCGUCGAAGACCAAGUUGAUGAACAAAAAGCACUUUAAAUCGAGAAAUUCCAAAAAGGUUCAUCGGGUUAGUUCCUUAUAUUCAAUCAGAUUACUACUUUUAUCGCAAGCAAUUGGAAAUUUACCUCGAGGAAAUAUUAUUCAUACAUUGUGACACAGUAAGACUCUGGUAGUAUGAAACUGCCACACACACGAGCAGAUCCCAGAGGUCAGCUGACGUCAUCAGGCGACCUGUAUCAACCAUAUGCAUGUAAUGUAGUACUCGGCAGUUUAUAAUUGAAAUUAUUGUACAUGCAUCUACAUGUACUCCAGUAGCGUGCGCUUGCGCGAGUAGCGCCACUGCGUCCUUUUCGUCGCUUGCAUCCCUAGCGCCAGACUGAGGUGUGCGACUCUCGGAGAGCGGGUUAGAAUGGCCGACGGAUAUGAUUUGUGAGAGAGGUGGCAGAUUUUGCAAAUGCCGGCUUUGCGAUGUACAAAAAAAUGUUUAUCGCAUCACAGACACAAUGAUGUUCGUUUGAAAAAAUAGAAUAGGCAAUGAAUAACUUUACAUAACAAGCGUACAUAUAUACAUGAAUAAGAAAUGUGGUCAGUAUCAUUUAGUGAGUAAUUCUUGCAGCUUACACAUUCCCGGUCCGAUGCCUGGUCAUACUUUUUACGCUGCUUUACUUUUCUGUUUAUAUCGGGCCUUGUGCGAAAGCGUUCGCCUCCAAGUCACACCGGGCAUGAGCUUCAAGGCGGUGCUUACCGAUGUGCGGCACCAGUAAUCCAACGCAAGGUAAAUUGCUUGUCAGUGAUAAAAGAACUCUAAUUUAUGAAACGAGAAAAUCAUAUGCUUUAUCUACUUUACCUUCAUUGAUAGUUUGUAAGGCAUGCCAGUAAGCGAUGAAAACCUAUUAUCGUGCAUAAUGUGCCACUUAACGUACUCAAGGUCAACUGCGAUUUGAUAUGUACAUGUAUAACCGCGACUGAUAUUUUUCACGUGAAAAGUCUAUUUACAUCACAUAUUAUGAUGAACAUGAAUUCAUGAUAAUCUUGGUGCGCCUAAAAAAAGGUUUAUAUACAGGACCGUAAAAUAAUUUCCUACGACGUGAUAACAAUAUCGUUCAUUUGAAAGGCACGAUAGUUAUUUUAUACCAUAUUUAUCAACUGAUGUUAUUUUGAAAGAAUGCUAAAUCUUGUGCUUCUUUUUUACGUCGUAUUUUCAUUUGACGAUCUACAAUAGUUCCAAGCCUGGUAAAACCACACGCCUCCCUGCGCGAUCUCGUGAUGUUUGGGUGGUCGAUUGCCCCGGGCUUCAAUCCAACCUUGUGUCGAGAAUUUGCGGAGGCGCAAUGACUUGGGACGAGGCUGAAUAGUUCCCGAAUCAUCAACUAGGGGGAGGAAGCCAGUUAUAGACUUCUUUGUUUCGCUGUAUGCUGGACUUUGCUUGCCAGUUGAUUAAGAGGGCGUGUCAGGCCUUCAAGGUAUUUCAUUUCGUUUUUGGUUUAGUACAUAUUUAUAUUUCAUUUUGUACUUUGUAUAUAUUUUAUUCUUUUUUCUGGCCUAAUUUGAUCCAUUAUAUGUAGAGGACGCUCUCAAUUUUGUAAUCGACCAUUGAAACCGGGACACUUCUUCUUUUGUACUUCGGAUGCUGCAAGUUCACCAUAUAUUGAUAUAUAUUGAUGAAUAUCAGCAUAUUUGCAUAAACGCAAAAAAAAUAUAUAAGGCGAGCUUAUCUAUUUUUGAUAAGCGCAAUUCAAAUCUUUCAAAAUCGUACUGCGCCAACUGAGGGUGAUAUGAAUAAGAAUAAUAGUGGUUUGAAUAAGACUAACAGUAGUUGUGAUAGUGCCGGUCCAAGGCGUGAUCAAAUACCCAACCAAAGUGAUCCUGUAAUAACAACGUUCCUUUCAUUGAUGAUUUGUAAGACAUGCCAGUAGAAAGGUUAAUAAACAGCGACAAAAACUA